CUUUCCUGGGAGGUUAUCUCCUUUACUCCUGGGGAACGCAGGAGUUUGAGAGGCUGAAGAGGAAGAACCCCGCUGACUACGAGAACGACCAGUAA